AUGCAGUCCAAGAGGCUGACCACGGAGCCUCCAUGUAUAACAGAAGAAGUGUUUGAAGAAUACUUAGCCACAGAUGAUAUGCUUGUGGACUACUUUAAUGAAUUUUUGAGUCUUCCGACUUUUGCCCAGCCAGUUAAAUUUAACCCUGAAUUCAGGGUUUUUGAAGUAGUUGAUGAUGCUCCACAACUCCUGGAAAAUCAGCUGAAAAAAAUUCUACGUGAUCAGACACCUCCAAAGCCCAUUUAUGAUGUUCUAAGGAGAGCAAAGAAUGGUGGGCAGCUCUCCAAAAUGCGCAGCGCUUCUCCAGCCCUCAAUAUUGAUCCAAAUUACAACGCUAUGUGUCUUGAUCGAGCACAAGCAAUUCAGUGGAUUAAGAAAGAAAGGCUUCCAGCAUUUCUAGAAAGUGACUGUUACUUUGAAUACAGGCUAGCUAAAUUGGUAUCACAGGUAGAAUGGAGCAAGACUGGGAUUAAUUUUAUUAUAGAUAGUGACUAUUAUCCCUGGAUAAAGAAGAGAGAUCCAAGUUCACCCUCUCCUGAGGAGGAUGACACUUCAUUGAUGAUGAAGCCUGGCCAGGCUGUGGUUUCUCAGACACAGGAUUUGUCUACAUUAGCAAAACAAGGGGAAUUAAUGAAUACUAGAGAUUCAUUUAUGCAUCCUGUAGCUUCUAGUCAAAUUCAAGACACUCAGUGUUUGCCUGGGCAGCAUGAAAGAGAUGAUUCAUUAAGCGAAAAAGAUACCCUUCUGGAUGCAGUCUCCUGGUCUAAGGAAAGCCACAAACAGAGCUUCCUUUCCCCUUCAAGGCCAGCUUCAGCAAAAGCCAACGUUAUAAGGGAGAGAUCCACAGAGGCUGAUGAGGCUUCUUAUGUAGCCAUUGCUGAACCUCCUUCCCACACUCAGUUAAGAGUUUAUCUAGACCCAAAAUGGGACAGUGCAGAAAAAGAAGAAAAUGAACAGGGAAGUGCAACUUUUCGGACACCAGAAGAAUUCGUACCAGCCUCUACUCAACUUGUAACCAAGGAACCCAUAUCAGAACUGACCCACCAGCCAGCUGCUGACAUUGAGAGUGAUGUGGAUCUCCAAAAACAACCUGAAGUGUUUAUACACGAGUUAGCAAAUAAUGAAUUUGUCUCAGACUCCAAGGGAGAUGUAAAAAAAAAAGAUCCUGAAGAAGUAAGCUUAAGCUCAAGUUCUGAAAGUGAUGGUGCAGAUAUUAGGGCUGCCUGGUGCAUUAGUCACGGGACUUACGAUACUGGCAACAGACGAGAGUUUGAAAGAUUCAAGAAGUUCAUUAAAGGAACACUUGGGGAGAGGUACUGGUGGCUCUGGAUGGAUAUUGAAAGACUUAAAGCUCUUCAGGUCACUACAAGACAGCAAAGGCAACUCAGUAAGAUGAAAAAACUCUAUUUGCUGAGCAGUGGAGACUAUUUCCUCAGUUCAGAAGUGUUACUCAGACUUGAUCUGCAGCAUGGAGAUCAGUGGAAUACAAAGCAUUUAAGACGGAUUCAGCCUGAAGUAGUGAAACCUCUACUUCUUUACUGGGGUCCGAGAUUUUGUGUCGCUCAUUCCACAGCAAUAGACACUGCCAGUGCAAAACUGAAGUUCUGGCACACAUGCCAAGAGAGACCAAAGGUGGAUGUUGAUCCUUUUCCACACAUGGUAUCAUUGCUACCAUUGACACCUAAGUCUGGCAUACCUAGGAUACCACCUUCCCUUUCUCAGAAAAGUAUAACAAGCUCAUUGACAACUUUGCUAAAACCAGCUACACCCAAUUUCUCUUUGAAGAUAUCAUUAUCACAUACCCUGUCAUCAGGCCAAAGCCCUCAGAGGGAUGACAUUUCUAGAAGUAGAAAGAGGCCAAAGACAGCGAGCAGAGACAUGAUUCAUUGUUUAGCUUUGGAUGACACUGGAGACUCAAAAUACCAGGUUCAUAGAAAGUACACCUAUGCUGAGCUGCUCCUGGGGAAAAGUGCUGCUGGCAGUGUUGUCUUAGGAGAAUCAAGAAUGGAAAGCAUGCUGCAAUCUCUUUAUUUGGAAAACAGAGCAGGCUACUACUUCACACACUUCUGUGAGAAGUCAGGGAAUAAGUUGUGGAAGAACAGCGUGUACUUUUGGUUUGACCUACAAGCUUAUCAUCAGCUUUUCUACCAAGAAACUCUUCACCCUUUUGAGAUAUGCAAGCAAGCUCAAUACCUUUAUGCAACUUACAUUGCUCCAUCUGCCAGUAUGGACAUUGGACUUCAUCAGAGUAAGAAAAAUAUGAUUUAUCAGAAAAUUGACCCAGCUUUUGAGGAUCUUUUUGACCCAGCAGAAGAGUAUAUCCUCACUGUUCUGCUAGAACCAUGGAUGAAGAUGAUGGAAGCAGACAAAUACACUUAUGGAAAGGUGGAGUUGGUGGAAGAAACUCGACAGCUGGACUCCGUGUACUUUAGAAAGCUCCAGGCUUUGCAUCAAGAGAGUGGUUCCAAGAAGGAUGAGAGUACUGCUGCUGACACUGGUCUGCCAUCCCGCCCUGAUGCUCUCAAAGAAGAUCAGCACUUUGUUCAAGUUCCCAAAGAACUGGCAGGCCCUGAUCUAUCUGACCUGAUCCAUGACAAAGAGAAGUUAGAACAGUUCUGGGCUUUUCUUAAUGAGCAUUCUGCUGGCAUGGAUCUCAUGUGCUGGCUAGAUAUUGAACAGUUCAGAAAGAUGCUCCACAAGGAUAAAGAAAAAAUGGAGGAAAAAUCUAAGGACAUUGGAAACAAGUACUUUAACAAAAACUACUUCUUUGGGCCCAACAGCCCAGCUACCAGAGAACAACAAGAACAGCUAAUGCGUUCAGGUGGAGGAGGGGGACAAAUCCUUCAUGAUCAACUUUCGGCAGCGGUUCUGCUAGAAAUGCAGCCAUGCGUCCAGAAGAGAUUAGAAAAACAAUGGCUGCCAUUGUUCCUGGCAGAGGAGCACCACAGAGUGGAGGGACAAAAAAAGGUAAAGGACAUAACUGAAGAUCUUCCACACCAAAAACAGGACAAGACAACUAGGAUGUGGAAGCAUGUGGACAGUAAGUGGGUUUCUUCAUCUAGUGAAAUAAUUGCUUUCCGCAAAGCGCUGUUGAAUCCAGUGACAGCAAAUCAGUUUCAACGCUUUGUGUCACUGAAAGGAGACCUGCUGGAGAAUGGAGUGCUCUUUUGGCAGGAGGUGCAGAAGUAUAAGGACUUGUGUCAUUCUCAUUGUGAUGAUGCCACAGUCCAGAAAAAGAUCACAGCUAUUAUCGACCGCUUUAUUCGUUCUGCCGUUCCCCCAGCUUUGCAGAUUGACAUCCCAACUGAACAAGCAAAGAAGAUUCUGGAGCACAGGAAAGAACUAGGACCAUACAUCUUUAGAGAAGCACAGAUGACUAUUUUUGCUCUUCUGUUUAAAUUUUGGCCAAAAUUUUGUAAGUUUCAAAGCAGUUUGGAUAGUGACAAAAUUCUAUCUGCCUUGGAGAGAAAGAAGAUGCAGAAGAAGGAAGGCAAAACACUACAGGGUAAAGAAAAUGCACCAACCAGUCAAAAGAUUUUGCCUGAGACAAAACUCAUUGAUCUGUCAAGCAGUGCUUUGGGAGAUCAGAUUGGUCUGGAGUGGAGAGGAAAAGCACCAUUUUCAGAUGGAUAUGGGUGGCAGGCUUCAUGGUCCUAUUCCAAGUACAUAGAAGCCUUGGAGCAGGAGAGAAUACUACUUAAAAGGGAAGAAGAUCUGGAGAAAAUCUCAUCAUCAUCUCUUACAGGUACCUCGUCUGUGUCCUUUUCAAAGCUGGGAAACUCCAAACAAUCCACCAUGUCUUCAAAGAGCAGUGUGAUUUUGGGGAAAAGCUCAAAUCUUCCCAAGAAAUAGAAAAUUUUCCUGUUUCAGAAGCAUGCAAUACAAUCAACAAAGGCUUGUGAAAUCACUGUCUGCUCCAUUUAUUCUGAUUUGAACUUCUGUUUUUUUCUCUCCUUUGUUUAUAAUGGGAAGUAUAAAAAUAUUUUUCUUUCCCCUACUAAUUUUGACUUUUUCCACUUAGGAAUCAUUGAUUCACCCUCAUUUUUUGUACAGCUGCCAUUCCAAUUCUGUUAAGUAACUUUUUGUGCCACAAUAUCUUUGUUUGUUCCACAGCACUAUUGACUGAUGUAGACAGAGCUGUGGUAAGAGAGUAUUUGGUUAUUUAAUUUCUGGCACAGAAAAGGGAGGAGGAGCACAAAUGUAUGCAUUUUCAUAUGUGACACAAAGCAUUGUUACAUUUUUUUUCUUUUGUGAUAGAGAGGUAGAUUUUAUACUAAAUUAAACUAUUUAGAAAUGCAGCUGGCUCAGGGGAUUGCUGAUGUCCCAUGUGAUCUUUUUCCAGUAGAUUUUUUGGUUCUAAUUUGAUCCAGAUUAUUAUUAUCUAAAGACAUUUUGUGGCAUAUGCAAAAUCACUUGAUUGUCACAGUCCCAUUCCUACUCGGCUCCAGGCCACACCACAGACAGUUCAGUCCUAAGUAUCAAAGCUGGCACUCUUUGUGGAAAAGACACUGUGGAUUCACUGCCUAAAUUUUCUCACACCAGAGUAGAGGUAAAUUUUACUUUGUAGAAUCAUAGAAUGGCUUGAGUUGGAAGACCUUAAAGAUCAUCUAGUUCCAAGUCCCCUGCAUUGGCAGGGACACCUCCCACUAGAUCAAGCUGCUCAGAGCCCCAUCCAACCUGGCCUUGAACACCUCCAGGGAGGGGUCAUCCACAGCUUCCCUGGGCAACCUGUGCCAGUGCCUCACCAACCUCACACUAAAGAAUUCCUCCCUAAUGUCUAACCUAAAUAUACCCUCCUUCAGCUCAAAACCAUUACCCCUUGUCCUAUCACUACAUACCCUGGAAAAAAGCCCCUCCCAAGCUUUCCUACAGGCUCCCUUCAGGUAUUGGAAGGCCACCAUAAGCUCUUCUGGAGCCUUCUCUUCUCUAGGCUGAACAAACCCAAUUAUCUCAGCCUGUCUCCAUAGCAGAGGUGCUCCAGCCCUCUGAUCAUCUUUGUGGCCCUUCUCUGGACUUGCUCCUAGAGCUCUAUGUCCUUCCUGUGUUAAGAGCCCCAGAACUGGACACAGCACUCCAGGUGGGGUCUCACGAGAGUGCAGUAGAAGGGGAGAACCACCUCCCUUGACCUGCUGGCCAUGCUUCUUUUGAUGCAGCCCAGGACACAGUUGGCUUUCUGGACUGCAAGUGCACACUGCCUGCUCAUGCUGAGCUUUUCAUCAACCAGCACCCCCACGUCCUUCUCCUCAAGGCUGUUCUCAACCCAUUCUCUGCCCAGCCUGUAUUUGUGCUUGGGAUUGCCUGAAUCCAUGUGCAGAACCUUGCACUUAGCCUUGUUAAACUUCCUGAGGUUGGCCUGGGCCCACAUCUCAAGCCUGUCAGGGUCCUUCUGGAUGGCCUUCCUUCCUUCCAGCCCGUUGACCUCACCACACGCUCUGCUGUCAUCAACAGACUUGCUGAGCAUGCACUUGAUCCCACUGUCCAUGUCACUGGGGACUGACUCUUGGGGAACACCACUGACCAUCACUGGUCUCCAUCUGGACAUCGAGCCAUUGAUCACUACUCUCCAGUGCGACCAUCCAGCCAAUUCCUUAUCCACCAAGUGGUCCUUCCAUCAAAUCAGUAUCUUUCUUAUUUUGAGACCAGGAUGUCAUGUGGGAGAGUAUGGAAGGCCUUGCACAAGUCCAAGCAGAUGACAUCAGCUGCUCUUCCCCUGUCCAACCAUGCUGUGACCCCAUCAUGAAAGGCCACCAGAUUUGUCAGGCAUGAUUUGUCCUUGGUGAAGCCUUGUUGGUUGCCACCAACCACCUCCACAUUUUCCAUGUGCCUUAGCAGACUUCAGGAGCAUCUGCUCCACGAUCUUGCUGGGCACAGAGGUGAGACUGACUGGCCUGUAGUCAAUUGAGGACAAAGAAGAAAUGAUUUAGCAUUAAUGACUUCCUUCCCCCCUCAAAAGAUCAUCCGUCUCACAGCCACCAUGAAGAGCUGUCAACUGUUGCUGACUCCACGCUAUUUUGGAAAGGAAAAGAGGACUGCAUAUUAUAGUUUGGUAUCUGUGACACCUUUUGAACUAAUAUUCAUGUCCAAGAGACAACUGGAGCAGGUGUCAGAAACCCUAGGCACUGGGUGGACUCAAGUGUUUUCAGAAAGUUGAUUUGCUCUGAUGCAUUUGGAUGCAUGGGGUCCGUUUGGAUCCAAAACUGCAUUCAGCCUUCUAAUCCAUUCAGAAACUGGAGUGAUAGGAAGCAAAUAUGUGCACUGACUUAACAGAGCUGAUUACCUCUGUCCUCCUUCCAUGGUUCUUCCUCCAGUGUAUUCUCUAUCCUCUUUUUAUCCCUUAUUUGCACAGUCCCAAACUGCCUCUUAUACAGAACAAUAAGGAGUUGGCUGUAUAUUUCACAGUAAUGACGUCAA